AUGAUAAAUAAAUGGUUUCCCCGCAUCAAGGCAAAGCCCUUAAGUGAAGUGGUAAAAUCGCGAGAUGCCUUUAUCUACUUGGAUAGGGCUAUGUGGACCUUUGGCUGGACACAACCCGAAGAUAAAAGGUGGACAUUGGUUUACUCUAUUUGGAAACUUAUUGCGAACCUGUUGAUACAAAUCCUUCUGCCGAUAUCGAUGGUCGUGGAAUAUGUUCGCGGAUUUAAGAGCUUCUCGGCGAAUGAGUUCCUCAGUUCCCUUGAGAUUGGCGUUAAUAUCUAUGGGUCCUCCUUUAAGUGCACCUAUACCUUCCUCGGUUACAAGAAGCUCCAGAGGGCCAAAAGGAUUCUGGAUCAACUGGACGAGAGCUGUGUUUGCGAUGAGGAGAAGCUCACUGUUCGUCGUUAUGUGGCCUUGGGCAAUUUGUUCUACGUUAUGUACCACGUAAUGUACUCGGGCUUUGUGGUCAUUAACUUUGUGGGCUACUUGCUGAAGGGUCGUCAUGCGUGGCGCAUGUAUAUCCCGCUGCUAAAGCCCGAGGAUCACUUCCUAUCUACCAGCAUUGCGGAAUUCCUACUGAUGAUCACUGUGGUGACCAUGGAUCAGUGCACUGACGUCUGUGCCUUGGUCUACAUGCUGCUCGCUCGAUGCCACAUCGUUUUGCUUAAGGAUCGGUUGAGAAACCUCCGAUCUGAUCCAGAAAAAACCGAGGAUGAGUACUUGCAGCAGCUGACCCAAUGCGUUCAAGAUCAUCGUUUCAUAUUGGACUAUAUCAACGCCGUGCGACCCGUAUUCUCGGGCACUAUUUUCGUUCAGUUCUUAUUGAUUGGAGUGGUUUUGGGUCUCGCAAUGAUCAAUAUAAUGUUCUUCUCAACAUUUUGGACCGGACUGGGAACAUUUCUCUUCAUGAUGGACGUUUGCAGCGAGACUUUUCCCCUCUGCUAUCUGUGCGAUUUGAUGAUAUUGGAUUGCCAGGACCUCUCCAACUGCAUAUUCCAUUCGAAUUGGCUGACCGCCAGCCGUUGCUAUAAGUCCACUUUGGUAUACUUUCUUCAAAAUCUUCAACAGCCCAUUACUCUCACUGCUGGUGGAGUGUUUCCCAUUUGCAUGCGAACCAAUUUGUCGAUGGUGAAGUUGGCAUUCUCGGUGGUUACUGUUAUACAACAAUUCAAUCUGGCUGAGAAGUUCCAAUAA